AUGUAUGCUACACGAGCUAUGAGAAUGAUGCCCACUAGGCGCAUGAUGUUUCCUAUUCCCAAAGAGGAACAGAGCGCACAUACCGUCUCUCAGCGCCUCCGAAAGUUGCGACAAAUUCCGGCAGAAUUGAUCCCUCUCGGAGUUGUCGUUGGCUUCGCCGUCUUUGCCGCCACCUAUUCCAGCCUUCGCAAGUUCACCGUGGACAAGAACCUUAGACUCAACCGCCAAAACCGCAAGGAGGAACCCGCGGAUCACGCCGAGGGACAUUAA